GGAGCAAUGAGGCUUUACACCACCAAAGUCAUAGGCUUGUUUCAAGAAGCAUUUCCUCUCUGUGGGGGAGCAGUGGGUGGGGCGAAAUGAUAAAAGUUGGUGGAAGGCAAUUCUUUGCAGAGUCCAGAUCUUGAAGUGGCCCCAGAAGGUGUGGACGUGCCUUGGUUUUACUCUUCUCACCUUCUUUAGAGGGAUUUCUAGUUCAAUGGGAACCUUUAUCGGUCAUGCGUACCCAGGGCUGUUUCUACUCUCAUAUGGGCUGUAUCAAGCAGUAGUGGUCUCCAAAGCUGUGAUAUUCAGUGACUCUUUCCUGUAUCCUUCAUCACCUCCCAGGAAUAAGGGGAGAUGGGCCAGGCUGUGGAAAAUAUCCUACGGAGGUUUGCUGAAGACGCUGGCUGGCUCUGGCUUGUUAGUGUAUGAGAUAAGCUGCGUGAAGAGAGGGCUGAUACUGAUGAACAGGGAGCUGCCCCUGACAGUUAUGUACGCCAAAGAGUGGCAGCACGUCACCAUGUACAUCCUUCUCACCCUCAACGGCUGUGUAGAGGUCGUGAGCAAGAACUUGCUGCCUCAGCACUGUGUGCCCCCAGAAGAAGGGACCUUGGUGCUGACUUUCUAUGUGCUCCUGCUGUUGCUGGUGUCACAUGUUCAGGACUCAGCAGGGGUGGAGCUGCAGGUUCACUCUCUGCUCAUCUUGGUGGUGUUGUUGCUGAUGCUGGUGUUGACCGUACAGCUGUGGGUUCCCGACACGUUUCAACUCUCAGUGAUCGGGACCUUUCUGUUUCAGAUCCUGGGCUCCUGGCUGGUACAGGCCGGCUUCAUUCUGUACAAACCAGUCACCGGCUACCCGGAGCAGGAUGAUGACAUCAUUGAUAUCACGUUUGUCACCACCUUCUUCUGCUGGCAUGUGAUGAUCGAUGCUUUGUGCCUGUUGGGAAUCUAUGGCGUCUCUUCCUUUUGGCAUUGUUGUUACCGUCCCAGCUGGAAGCUAACAGGGUCCAGAGAAGCUCCAUGUUACACGACCACCGUGGGACCCCUCUACAAAUUGCUGCAGGAAGUGGAUCAGUCAGAGUCUGGCAGUCUCUCAACCUCUAGCUGGGUCUUAAAUGUCUGGGCUCAGAUCCUAGUGAGGGCUGAGGAUAACAACUGUUGUGACCAAGUUUUCUGAUCCCUGCUAUUUUCCCUUAAUUCUUGGUUCCUAGACUCUUUCCAAUUACCUUUGUUGGGGGAACUCCUUUUUUGUCUACCUCUCAUACACACUGAUGUCAGAUGAUGAAAAAGCACAGGUGCUGCCAGCUGCCCAUUUCUAGUCAUUUGAGGCCUAAUUUUAUAAUGAUAAACAAACCUCAAGUAAUCAAUUGAUAUCCCCCACACAAUAUCUCUAAAAUAUCCAGUGUAGGUAAUAAACUUGCAUGCUAUUAAUUUACUAUAGUAUUUGAGAUGUAACAGAGAAGCCCUCCCCUUGAAGGCCAGCUAAGAAAAGACUUCUCAAACACUCUUAAGGUUGGGGGGAGAAAUUUGCAAUUCUCACAAAAUUCCACCAGAGGGCACUAUAUUCACAUCACCCCAGCCAAGCCUCUAACUCUCCAACCCAGUAAAAAGUCUCCUAAGAACCGGUUCAAAAAAAGUGGGGGGAGGGGAAAGGAGGUCAGGAAAAAUAUAGAGCCAAGUUUACGUAUUGUCCAAAUAUCCAGAAAAUGUACCCAAGCGCUGUUUGCUUCCCGCUAAUAUUUGGCGUGGAAAUGUGAAAUAAAUAAGGAUUCAAAUCAACUAAUGGGAUAGGAGUGAGGGAGGAUGAGCUGUGGAUCCAGUUGAGGGUAUCUUUGGGAAAAGUACCAACUCAAGGACACACUCUGAUCCUAGUCAGUUUUUGACCACAAUGCUAAAUUUCCUAAACUUCUAAAUAAGCUUCAAUAAUGUUCCAAUCAAUCUAGAGAACAAAGAUAAAUCCAUACAUACCUUGAGAAUAGGAAGAAAAUUUAUCUGUGAAGAUCCCACAUUCACAAAACAACGAAACAGAUUAUUAAAUACACAAAAUGAUCUCCAAAGAUUCCUUUAAAAAGAACCUGUCAUACAGCAAUUUUUCCCCUGGUAAUCUAGUUAUUCACAAAGAAUAUAUUGAAUGUCCAUUGUAUGUAAGGUACUGGGUAAGCCACUAUGCAGGAUUCAGAGGUAAACUAGUUGGUUCCUGGACUGGGUACUUUCCUUAGUGGGUACAGUAGGGAUUUCGGAGUUUAGAGGUGGUGGCCCAGGAAUGCAUCACCCACAGCCGGAGAAGGCUGAAGGAAGGGCAACAGAAAAAGGCUCUCAAGGGAAUUGCACCUUGGAAGCAUAUUAGCCUGUGAAAUGCUGCACUAAGGUGAAUCCAGCUAGCUACUGCAAGUGAGCACGUCCUCAGCUUCCUCACUGGUCAGCUAGAAUGAUUUGAAGGUUCAUUCUAGAAUUAUACAGCUGUAAUUUUCUCAGUAGCACUUAUUUUACCAUGUCGUUAGCUAAGAUGAACUUAAUUCCUCCCAACUCUCCAAGCAGUUUCCUGUGAGAGACAAGAUUUGGGGUAGGGCUCAGACCCAAACCUUCAGUCAUAAGGUGUAGGCUGGGACACGAAGUGUUCUCUAUAUUUGAAUGGUUAAGGGGCCUUCAACAAAACUCAAAU